AUGUCGACGAGGGAGGGCGUGGACGCCGAGGCGACGCCGACGAUGGUCGGGACGCUGUGCGAGGGCGGUGGACACCCGGUGGCGAAGACGCUCGCGGCGCCGUUCGUGUUGACGUAUCGCGCGACGCGGGCGUACGUACAGCCGUGCGUCGGCGCGUACGCGGGAUCGCUCGCGCGUGCGGUGAGUGAGAGGUUGUGCUGCUGCUUUGCGGGGAUGUGGAGGUACGAAGAUAAGAAGUGGUGCGGGAACGCGGCGAUCGGAGACGAUCCCGAGCAUCGCGAUUGCGAUUGGGUCCGAGUGGAGGAGUUGUCGGCGGGGAGCGACGAAAAGCCGAUGGUGCUGUAUCAAGGGACGAUCGAACCGCGAGACUGCGUGCAAGGGGCGCUCGGGAAUUGUUGGUUGGUCUCCGCCCUGGCGUGUCUCGCCGAGCAUCCGGGGGCGGUGAAGAGGAUCAUUUUGCAAAACGAAAAGACGAUUCGAGGCAAGUAUCAGGUGCGAUUUUACGACGGCAAGGAAAAGCGCUUCGUCAUCGUCACCGUGGAUGAUUUGAUCCCAUGUAAGAAGGGGACGAAGAAACCGAUCUAUAUGCAGCCGCACGAGAACGAGUUCUGGCCGCUCAUCGUCGAGAAGGCGAUGGCGAAGUUUAUGGGAAGCUAUUCGGCGCUCGACGGCGGGCACGGCACGUGGGCGACGCACGCGCUCACGGGCGAUCACGUCUUCAUGCUCAAGAAGCGCCAGGGUGCGACGUCUCGAUACUGGCGACGUCAUAACAUGAAAUUUAUUGGAAAACCUGGAGAUGGUAGGAAGAAGGACGCGGUUUUCCACAAGGAAGUCGAGGAGGACAUCGUGCGAGAUAAGCUAUUCAACAUCUUGGAGCAGUACAAUAAAAUCGACUCUCUCAUCGCCGUCGCCAGAGUGGGAAAGAACGGUGAGUCCAAGGACGAAAACAACGGUCUGGUCGAGGGACACCUCUUCUCCGUCAUAUCUGUUCGUUGGGCCGGUCGAUCCUUCGGCGUUGGCGGUAGACGCAUGGUGAAGAUCCGAAAUCCGUGGUCGUCGUACGAGUGGAAAGGACCUUGGGGCGACGGCACCAAGGAGUGGGACAAGCAUCCAUCCAUCGCGAAGGAGCUCGGGUACGAGAACAAAAACGAUGGAAUCUUUUGGAUGGAGUUUGAUGACUUCGUUGAGUACUUUAAUCAAAUUUCCGUGUGCGAUCGCACGACCAAGAAUGAUUUGAUGCUUCAUUACGAUCAAGACUUCCCAUGCACAGGACCCAUCAAGGGCUGCCUCGGCGGGUGCUUCUGUUUCUGGGUCGGCUGCCGAGGUCCUCGAACCAUCUAUUGCGGGCACGAGUCCACGGAAGAGCUGCGAGAGGCCAGGGCUUGCGGAUGUGUCAAGGUUGGGAACACUUAA